AUGGCUGCGUUGGUUCAGGCGUAUCCCCAGCAGACCAGCACUGUCACUACUCUCCAACCCAGAUCUUCCGCGAACAUCAUGCCCGCACAAGCUCAGGCAAACCAGCAGUAUAUGGCCGCCCAACAGGCGCAGCGAAACUUCUCAGGAAGCAUGGCAGGCUCGGGCGUGUACCGCGGGAGCAACGCUCCAAUCCAGCCUUACGCCUUCACCAGCACGCCUAGUUUGAACACUACGGGUCAGUGGCAGCAGUAUAACAAUGGCUACCGCACCGCAUCAUCACCUGCUGUUCCGACACAAAGCGUCACCCAAGGACAUGAUGCAAACCGUUAUCGUCACAAUGGCAACCCCUCAUUUUCGAACCCUGCGUACAGCUAUAAGAUGGGAACAAGCAAGGGCGGAUCGAGAGACGACUCUGCAAUUCCUGCCGCUCGCACAAAUACGCAGGCCCCGAGACCACAGUCUGCGUAUCUGGCGGGCAGCACAACACCGCAAAUGACGUUCGCUCAGGCCGCCGGUGCUAAGACAACACCUGAUAGGUACAGGCGCCCGGCUCUUCAGCAACAACAGCCUCGCCAGGCUAGCACCCCAUCAGGCUCAGGGAUGGCCACCGUUAGUCAUUUGUACAAUGCACCUGGCACCAACGACCCAAAGGGCGCGUCAGUGCGAACCCGGAAUGCAUCUUUCCAGAGCAGGCCAAACAGUUACUAUGGCGUUGUUGAUGAUGCGCAAUUGAAUAGUCAGCAAACUGCGGAUGAUGGGAUGCGACUAAGGCGGCGCAGCAUGCAUUCGCUGGAUUCUGCCGAUUAUCCCAAGCCGCUAACCCCACAAGAAUUCUCUCACACGGAAGAAUCCUCCCGCCCCGACCGCGUUCCGACUCCCAAAAACAACGAAAAGUCGCUUCGCAUGGUUUCCAAUCUUGCACCUCCCGCCGGCAUCAACAUGCAUGCCCGUAAUGGCAGCGCCGAAAGCCUCGCUUCGAGUCGAAGCAGCCAUUCGAGACCAUCUUCGCGACCGUCUUCUUCUGCCAACCGCAGCGUACCCACCCCCACGGGCAACCCCUCUUCCACCUCGUCUUCCUCAAACCCAGAUGAUGUCUCGUCGAAGCAAGAUAAUGCUAAACUUGUGAACAUCCCGCCACGAAGCUCAUCGUCAGAUGCGUCUAAGCGACAGCCGACGCCUUCUCCUCUCUCCAAGCCGGUGACCAUGUCGACCGACUCGAGUCCCCAAAAACCACCUUCCUCUCUAGGAAAUGUUCAGCAACAGGCUGCUCCUGCGAGCACGGCUGCACAAGGCAAUGCCAACGCCAGCAGUCCUGCCGCACAACAACUCGCCGCGAUCAAUCAGAAGGGCACGAAAUCAAAGAGCAAGACGUCUCGACUUCGGAGAGCCUUUUCAUUCGGCAGUGCGGCUGACUUCAAGAAGGCCGCCGGGCCCGAACCCCUCGUCGAAGCCAGCAGUGCCAGCGGCGAUGCAUCUAAAUUGCACAAGGAGCCGACACCGGCGGACUUGUACGAAGCUGAACAGGCCGCUAUCGCCAAAAAGCAGGAGGAAGGAGGAAUCGGUAGCAACAUUUACGGCGGAAGGUUGUUUUCAGGGUCAACGGACAAUCUAUCAAUUUCCUCCACAGCGUCGUCUGCUUCUAUCAUGAUUCGUAAGAUGGGUCGUGGUAUGAAGAAGAGCACGCGGUCACUGGUGGGUCUUUUCCGACCGAAAUCAGUCAUCGGCGUUCCGGCAGCGGAUGCCUUGGCCCCAGAAGCCAGUCAGGCGGCUGUAUCGAUGAUUACCGUUGAGGCCGAAAGGGUCAACGUCAAUCCCGAUCCGCGCGCGCAAAACGGUGGCGGUACCGGAUUCCCUCACUUGGAGCGCAAUUCCCUCGAUGUAUCCAACACUCCCAGCAUGGUGUCUGAGCGUGCCGGUAGUUCAGGAACUGAUAGCGCUGGGCGAAAGAGCAUUGUAGGCGGUGACAGGGAGCGCGCUGAAGUCCUCGCAGCUGUCAGGAAGGGAAUCCUGAAGCACAACCGGUCGGGCAGCCCCGCUCGUGACGGCUCUAAGCCAUUCGAACUUCCUGCCAUUCCCAACAUCGCCGACUCUCCCAUUUCCACGGCCCCUAGUACGCCGAACGAUGAGGCGCAAGGCCACAAGCGUUCUGGUUCAGUCGCUAUUGGCAGCGAGGAUUACUUCAUGGCUGCCCUCAGACUGCGCCAGGACAGCAAAAGCGCACCUGGAACGCCAUCCGGAGCCAAGAGAAACGCUACCUUCUCACCGAGAAUCGUCUUCCACGACACCUGGCCAAGCGGUGAAUAUGACCGCAGGGGUGAAAUUGCCACGUGCAACCGCCUGACGCCUAUGUUGGCCCAGCAGAUCAAGGAAGAGCUCAACACUUUCAAGAUGGAAAUGGAAGUUCACGAAAACUCCAAGAUUUACACGCACUUCUUCUAA